AUGUGAGCGGAGCGCACGUCCUUCUUCCCUUCAACUCUACUAUCGUAAUUAAUAUUGCCGAAAAUUUUGUUAGUGUACUGUGACGACUGGAUUUUGGGGUACAGUGCUUCUGUGGUUGUAAUUAAGUGACUGAUUACUGAAUAUAAUUUAUAGCUAUAUGGACUUUUACAAACAUUUGGCGGGUUUUACGAUUAAAAAAGAUUGUACGCAGUCUUCAAGUCCAGCUCAUGACUUUAACUGACUCAUCUUUAUAACAUCAAGCAACUGCCUAACUCAGGUACUCUGUGGAGUUUAUAUGAAAUGUUAUGGGCUCACGCGGCGUAGCACACUGGGGUUGGGUGGUAGUGGUAGCGUGGGCGUGGAGUGCUGCGGCGCGGACAUUAUGUCCGCCACGAUGCGAAUGCGACGACGCGCUCAGAGCUGCAUCGUGCGCCAAUGCAGGCCUCGAAAUAGUGCCUAUACAACUCAAUCCAGAAGCAACACAAAUAAACCUAACCCACAACUCUAUCGACAAUCUUCUAUACACAUUCGGAUUUUAUACCCAACUAACCAUCCUCGACAUUUCGUACAAUAAAGUACAAGACUUAGGGAGUAGGAAUUUUGAUAACAACAUCGAAAUGACCCAUUUAAACGUGAGCCACAAUGCUCUCAGAAAGUUAGACAAAGAUACAUUCAUUGGUCUUAAGAGACUCGUCGAUCUGAAUUUAUCUAAUAACGAAAUAUCUACUAUAGAUGCACUAACUUUCAAAGAUCUAACAGUGUUAGAGAGACUCGAUAUGUCUAAUAAUAAAUUAGUGACUUUCGAAUCUGAUACGUUUGAACCACUAUCUUCACUUCGGAUUUUAUAUUUAAAAAAUAAUUCUAUACUAGAAAUACCCUCCGUCAAUUUAUUGACAAUUAUAAGUCUAGAGUUCUUAGAUCUCUCAGAAAAUUUGAUACAAAGGAUACCAAAGCAUGGGGUGCCGUACUUGAAGGAGUUGAAACAUUUAGAUCUGAAUAAUAAUAUAAUCGAAGAAAUCGAUCACUUGGGCCUUCACAACUUACCUUCUUUGCGACACUUAGAUCUUAGCGAUAACAAUAUGACUACGAUUCCAACAUCAGCUUUGUCAAAGUUGUCGAAUUUGUCUCACUUGUAUUUGAGCGGAAAUUUUUUCCAUAACGUUUCAGCGUUGUCUUUUCAAAGCCUCUUUCAUUUGAAACACUUACACUUAAGUAGGAUAUACAAUUUAGAAAGAAUUGAUUUCAGAGCAUUUGUCGAUAAUAUAAAUCUACAAAAGAUAUGGAUGAAUGAAAACUUAAGAGUAAAGGAAGUGCCUCCGAGAUUAUUCCAUGGGAAUCCUAAGCUGACACAUGUUUAUAUGAGAAAUAAUGCUUUGGAAACUCUCGAAGCUUCACACUUCCCAAUUGAUACUUUACAAGAACUUGAAAUAUCGGGAAAUCCGUUUGUAUGUAACUGUUCAUUAGUAUGGUUAUGGAAUCUUAUAAGAGAAUGUGAACUUCGGAGCCGAAAAAGUGAAAAUACUAGUACGAUACUUAAAAUUGAUUAUGAAGACGUAAAAUGUGCUGCACCAGAGCAUUUGAAAGGAAUUCAUUUUAUUCAGAUUCCCGAGUCAGAGUUUGGUUGCUCCAGUGGGUGGGUUAUAGUUGCUAUCGUAGUGAUGACUGUAAGUAUCAUUACUAGCAUUGUUGGUGGAGUAUUAUACUUUAUUGGACCUCUGAAGAAAUGUAAAGGAGACAAAUCAAAACAAGUUAUGACGAGCGUUAUGCUUAACGGUGAUGUCUCAAAAUUGGGCAACGGAUUAGUUUACACAACCCGUGGCAGAGAAACUGAUAGUAAAAGGGAGGUCGAUAAAUACUUAAUGAUCGGUUCGUCUGUUACUAACAACUUCCAUUCAUUAAAUCCUCCCUGGCAAGCCAUGGAUAAGAACCCUUAUUACCAGGAAGAUAGUGACGAGCACAUUUAUCAACAGUUUGCUUAUGAAACCAUUCCUCCACACAGGACCCCAGAGAAACCACACAUAGUGUAUGUGUAACAUAAGGCUAUAGUGAUGAGCUUUGUCAAAAGCGCAAACAAUUUUAUAAGACGUUUAAUAAAAGACAAUUGAAAUGUGAACGAGCAACCUGCAAUAAUGUAAAUAAUGUUAUGAAGAUGUGAUAGCUUUGUAUAUAAAGAUGUAUAUAGAUUAAUUUUUAAAUAUUUUCGAAUUUGUACUUAACUUGUUUAGAUAUAAUGUGAAUAUUUUCCUUGAUAAUGUACAGUUGAGAUAUUAUUAGCUGUUAAUAUGUUUUAGAUUAGACAGAUUUUCCUUUCCUUACCUCAAGUAUGUAUUGUACAAUUGUGUAAAGUGUAAUUAUAUUUUUUCUGUAUAAUUUACGUUUUGGUUACUUAUGUAGUUCCUCAGACAUAGUAGUUCCAUUAACAUAGGUAUUAAAAUACUAAAAAACUUGUAAUUAUCGUAGUUAUUAUAUUUUCUGGAAUAAAACACCAAUAUUUAAUGAAAACUUUGUACAAACAUGAGCAAUAUAGAAUACUUCCUUAAUAUUAUAAUAAAAUACGUUAACUUUUAUUAUUGAGAGUAUUGUUAAAGUAUACUAAUGUAUUUAGGAAAAAAUUAUUCGCUUAACAGCACAUGGAAAUUUUGGAUGAAAAGCGAGUUUUAAAACCGCGAGAUAAAAUCCAUUGAAUACAUUACGUAAAUAGAAAACUUUUGAAAUAAUUAUGAUCAUUUUCUAAUAAUAUUGUAUCAUUUUUAUUUGCAUGUUUUGUAGGAUUUUUAUAGGAAUUAUCAAAGCUUUACAAAAAACCGUAAGACGAUACUGCGAUUCUCCGAACUUUAAUACGAAUGAACCUUUAACUCUUCUGAAUAUGUUACCUAUAAAAUAGGCUCAUACAUCAUCGCAGCGAUGAUGUAUGAGCAGUCACACUUUUCUACGCUAUGGUCUCUUUUUUGUGACGGAACAUGACAUUCGUAGUUUAAAUCGCCAUUUAUUACGCGUUAAAUAUUCUAACUUGAAUAACUAACUCGCAUAACUAAUUAGUUGAAUAAUUAACCGUCAGCUUGCUAACUACGAUGUUACUUUUAGUUUUUGCUUUCCAUUACCGGCCGUUGCAUUAGUUAAACAGAAAAGUAAAACUGGAAUAUCACCUUUAAUUUUUCGCAUUUAUAAGAACGCUUUGAAAAAUUUCUAUAGUUUCAAUCACGUAUUCAAUAUUUGUUUAAGAAAUUUUGCAACUCUAUUAUAAUAUAUUUGGAAAAUGAGUUUAAUAAGUUAUCACUAGUUUUGUCUCCGUUUCCCUUUAUGAAGCUGUUAUUUCAGUUAAUAAGAGUAUUAACUUUAAUUUUAAUUACCGAAACCGAAUUUUAUCCAAAAUUUCAAUAUGAUAAUUAUAAUGCAAUAAAACCAGUUUCUCUGAUGGUGAGGGGUACAAAAUGAUUAGCAUGUUACUUGGCUAUUUUUAUAAUUUCCUUUGACACUUGAUUUUGUUAUAAAGAUGUUCUGGAAUUAAUAUUUUUAUAUGUAACGUUAAUCAACUAUCCCUUUAAGUACUAACAACAAACGACUUAUGGAAGAUAAUUUUAUUGGGAUAAAAAAAAACUUAGUAUAUUAUCUUAGUUUCUCUUAAGUAUUGGUUAUGUAUGUCCUGUCUAUUAUUUUGCUUCGUUAAAAUUGAAGAAUUUACUCUAAAAAUAAUGUGUUUUUGUGUUAUAUUAAAACUGUUAUUUGCGCUAUGAGACAGAUCACUUAAUGAACAGUUUUAUAUAUAUAUAUAUGUUUAAUUUCCAGUAGCAUUAAAUUUUAAUCCAAUAAAAUUAUUAAAAAUGUAAUGAUAGAUUUACCACUAAUUAAAAUUAAUAAUAAUGUCGUUUUUACAAAUGAUCUACGAAUGAAACGAUAUUACUAUUACUUUAUUAGUAAUACUUUCGUCUCAGGAAUGUACGCUUGAAAAUAUAGCUAAAACACAUAUUACCCUUCAAUCAUUUUCUAAGUAUACAAUUAUAUAUUAACUAACCUGUAUCUGCCUAUACCCGAGGUUAUUACUAAUCGAAUUAGAAUACAGUCGAUAGAUUAAGAAUAUUUAUAUAACCUUAAAAUUUUGUUAUGGAACUUAUUAAAUAUGUACGCAUUGAAACA